CGGGCCUUCUGUCUGGUCAGUCCGCUCUGCACAGCUCUGGGGGCCAAGUCUCCGCGAUCUAUUGUACUCACGGACCGUCAUGGAUUUCGACUGCUUCCUGUGAGAGUGAGUGACCAUGAGUUCCGUGUGCGAGAUCCCGCCAGACCCUAACAAUAACACUAGCGAAAAAUGCUACAGCCUCAGACCCAGAGGCUGCGUCCGGAGAAGCGAUGACGAUGAUGAAGAAGUUUCGUGGGUUCGGAGGAAGAGGCGUCCCAAGAGCGGAAAACCAGCACCACUUUCCAAAUACCGAAGGAAAACGGCAAACGCUCGCGAGCGAUCGAGGAUGCGCGAGAUCAACGAAGCCUUCGAGAGUCUUCGGCGGGCUGUGCCCGUGCCCCGAGAGUCGGAAAAACUGACGAAGAUUUCUACGCUGAGGCUGGCUAUGAGGUACAUCUCCGCACUAACCCAACUUCUCAGCGAACCCGAGUCGGACGGAGAGUCUCUCCUAAGCGACUCUCUGACUGAGACAUCGCUGACACCGCCACUCACCCUCGACCCAUUCCCGUACUCAGACUUGGAUGAAGUAUCUGUGCCUCUAGAUACUUAUACGGACUUUGCAUUUGAGUUGGAUGAUCCCUUUCCCGCAGAUUUCAGCUAGACUGAUGGGUGACUUCAACGCCGGAGGAGACUUUAAUGCUCGCAGGUUAAGCAGAGUUACUUACGAAAAAACUCUUCCUUCUCUUAAUAGUAAACGAAUAGAUUUGUUUUAUUUUUAUUUUUUUUUUUGUUUUUUAAUACAUACAAUCGUUAUUAGUUGUUAUUGUAAAUAAUUUAAAAUGAGAUUCGGAAAAGCUUUAAUCACCCAGCUCUGAAAUAAAAUAAAUUUUAUGACAUGGGUUAAUAUUUUAAUUGUAUAUAGUUAAGUGCAAUAUGUAUUAUAUAAAGUUAAUUAUAAGAUUUAUAUAAUUAGUUUUAAAUAAAGAAAUGUCAAAUAUAAGUGCCAGAUAGUUUAUAUACAUUUGUUAAUAUAUGCAUAAGAAUGAAAAGUGAAAUUCUGAUUAUAAGAAAAAUAAAUUGUUUAUUUGUGAUAAUA